AGUAUUGUAACUUUUUACACUUCAGAAUUAAUAAGCAGAGACUUUGCACUCAAAGCCGUUUGCAGCGCCGGAAAUGCGCGUCCGUAAAGCAGCGUUGUUUGUGUGUUCCUGGAGGCGCUGUGGAUUUCACACGCUGUCUUGGUAACAAAGUGGUCAGUUUGCAUAUUUCCAGUGUGCGGACCGCGCAGUACUGCCCAGUCUGGAGAGACGGACAUCAGUCGCGAAACACAACGUGCACAUUGUAUCAAAGAAGAGGUUAACACCGCUUAUGAACGCGCGUCCUGUGUGGAAGCCUGCUUUUAAAUCCUGCUGAGAGGAAGAUCUGAAGAUGAACUCUGUCCACAUUAAAGAGGAGGUCUUUGCCCGGGAAUGUGCUGUGCUUCCAGAAACGGUGACACAACGGCCAUGGAUUGAAACUGAGGAGACAGACCCGAAGCGCGACAGCAGCUACAAUACAGCAGAGGGCGCCCUGGAGUCAGGCCCUUGUGAAGAGCAUCUCUCUGAACUCAGAUCGCUCCCAAGUGCUGAAGAGGGCAGUGACCUGGACGAUGCUGACAUUGCAGGAGAUAUCUCUGAACUACAGGUUAUCCAGAUUAAACCAGAGCUCUCUAAAGACACUGACAUGAAUGAAGAAAGCCCAGCGCCCUGCUCUGCUACCGGCAGUGUAGCGUCACUUGAAGUGGAUCAGGAUGAGAGAUACACAUGUCCUCAGUGUGACGUCUCUCUUAUUGGGAAAGAACACUUUGAGAGCCAUCUAAAGACUGCACACCUGCAACACAAUACAGACACCACGGGAAAGCGGACAGCUAACAGCCCUGCUGCAGACCAGAGCCUUCAAAUCCCGCUGGAAUGUGACAGUCGUCUCCGGCAGAGGGAUCCCCACAAACCCCACAAACAACACGUCUGCACUGUGUGCGGGAAAACGUUCAAGGAGCCGGGAGCUCUCACAAACCAUCACCGAAUCCAUACCGGAGACGCUCCCUUUCUGUGUGCGGUCUGUGGGAAGAGCUUCAAUCAGGCUGUGAACCUUAAAAGACAUCAGCGAAUCCACAGCGGAGAAAGGCCCUAUCACUGCCCUGACUGCGGGAGGAGUUUCAGCCACGCUAAAACCCUCACUGUGCACCAGCGCAUUCACACUAAAGAGAGCCCCUAUCACUGUGACAGCUGUGAGAAAAGCUUCAAGAGCUCAGGAAACCUGAAAGCACACCAGCGCACUCACACAGGGGAGACCCCGUAUCACUGCAGUGAAUGCGGGAAGAGUUUCAAUCUCUUACAAAACUUUAAAAAGCACCAGAGGCGUCACUCGGGAGUGACUCCGUUUCACUGCACAGACUGUGCAAAAAGCUUCAAAGAUUUGGGUUCCCUGAAGGCUCACCAGCGCAUUCACUCGGGAGAGACCCCGUACAGGUGCACAGUCUGUGGGAAGAGUUUCAGAGAGUCCGGGGUCCUGAGAAAACAUGAGCGAAUCCACACUGGAGAGACCCCCUACAAGUGCGCUUACUGUGUGAAGAGUUUCAGACAGAUCGGGCACCUGAAUACACACCAGCGACUUCACACAGGAGAGGCCCCGCAUCAGUGCCCUGACUGCGGGAAGAGCUUCAGAGAGUCUGGAGACCUGAAGAAACACCGGAGGAUCCACACUGGAGAGACCCCCUAUCUCUGCACUGACUGUGGGAUGAGAUUCUGCCAGUCAGGACACCUCAAGAGACACCAGCUCAUUCACACAGGAGAGACCCCCUUUCUGUGCACGGAGUGUGGGAGGAGUUUCAGACACUCUAAAACUCUGCUAGUACACCGGCGCACUCACACCCGGGAGACCCCGUAUCACUGCACUGUGUGUGAGAAGAGCUUCAGUCAGGGGCAGAACCUCAAGAGACACCAGCGGGUUCACACAGGAGAGGCCCCGUAUCGCUGUGCUGUCUGCGGGAAGAGCUACAAGGAGUCUCGCUCGCUUGUGGCGCACCGUCGAAGCCACACAGGAGAGACUCCUUAUCCAUGUGCCGAUUGUGGGAAGAGUUUCAGACACGCCAAGACUCUCAAAGUACACAAGAGAAUUCACACUGGAGAGAGACCGUAUCCCUGUGAGGAGUGUGACAAGAGAUUCAGGCAUUCGAAAGACCUGAAAAAACACAGCAAAAGCCACGCCAGACAGAUCACAUGAGGGAAACAUUUGAAGGUUUCUGUGCACACCUGAAUAUGAAAAUAAGCCUGCGCUCUUUCAUGGUUUGUAUUGUGUUUGAAUUGCAAGUUUCUACAUGCAGUCUGCUGUUGUACAGUAUUUUUUGUGUUGAAAGAUUUGUAUUUCCAAAGUGAAUGUAUAUUUUUUUCGAAGUAGUUUUCUGUGUUUUGUAUUGGCACACAGCACUCUGUACUCCUGCAUGGACGAUCACACACAGGCACACCUGCUUACUGGUGUCUGUCUGUCUGUAUACUUGGUCUGGUUCUUGCAGUGAGACUUUAUGAAGCAACAUGAGUUAAUUCUAAAGGGUGAUGCGAAACUUUUGGCCUAAGCUGUACAUCCGAAGCACCUUACUAUACAGACUAUGGAAAAGUGAAUGAAACACAGUAUACAAAACUGCACUGAGAACCAGCUAGAAGUGUUGCAAAUGUCAUAGGAAAGGAAAGGGGGCAGUGAAAAGACAGAAGGCUUUGAAGAAGUCAUUCAGGGCUCUCUACACUUUAAACCAGAGAGGUUUCAAGUGUGUGAUAAUGAGGAGGACUGGACUGGGCUGGACUGGGCUGGGCUGGGAUCUCUCCGAGUGUUUUAUUCCCCGCUGCCAUCAACCGACAGCUCAUAGUUUCAUGAUGUGUGUAUCAUCGAUAAAGCCAUGUGUAAAUAAAUCUGUAGAUGAGCUUGUCUCUGAAAUGCGUUGUCAUCACUAAACCUGUUUGUGUGCUUCGAUUGGUCAAUGCUGUGCUUCCAAAGUGUUUGUUAAGACUGGUGGAGAUUGUGUGGAAGGGGGUAAGUCCACAGAAAGUGUUUUUCUAUGACAUGUUUAAUAAAAAACAUCUUUAUAAUA